AUGAGCGUACAGAAACUAAAGGAUUUGAUUGCUUUAGGUAGUAGAAACGUUUCCAGAAAGGUCCAAAGAGCCUUAGAAGAAGUUGGUAAUGAGCUCGCUGGUAGAACUCAAGUACAACCAAGGGCCAUCCCUAUACCAGUUGUUGAUGCGGGAAAAAGAUUUAUGGGAAGAAGUGGGAGAGAAAUAAGUCAUAGGUCACAGUUUAUUAGGUAUUAUGGUUCUUUUAGUGGUUUUAAUGGAACAUUUAACUUCAACAACCACUGUAAAUCACAUCGCACAAGGUUUCAUCAUUUUAGGUUCUUCAAAUUUUAUCAUAAGUGCCCUGUCAGACAACCUCCAUCGAAGAUUUUUGGCUCACUCAAGAAGGGGUUCUUGUUUAGUAAUUUUUCCCAGAAAUAUCAAAGCUCGUACCGAGUAAAGAUGUUCAAUCAAAAUGUGAAAAUUACUUAUAGAUCCUUCUUUAACUUCCCUUUUUCUAACAAUAGUUCUAAUAUUGAGAGUAAUCGCUUGAAGUUGAGGACUCAAAAGGGGCCAAAGCAAUCUAUUAGAUUGAAUUUGUCUCUCUCACCGCAGUUUCACAGAAUAACCCUUUCAAUGGCCAAGAAUGACCCACCGGCAACCUUUGAAGAAAAGUUGCAAUACGAGCAGCUUGAGACUGGCUGUUACAUCGAAUUCCCAAUCAAACUAGACGUUAGCAUUCCUUCCGAAACCAUGUUAAGUGAAAACAUAUUAGAUGAACUUCUUCUGGAUUUAAACUCUCUUCUGAAAAGAAUUGAAGAAUUAAAGCAAGAUCUUACUAACUUAUUCGAACUUGGUGAACUUCCUCUUGAGUAUAUUUCUUCCAAAAAUGUUAUAAGGGUACAUUUCCCUAAUUGCGACAAGGAGAAAUUGGAAAGCUUAUGCAGAGAGAAGAACAUCCAAGGAGGUUAUAUAUAUGAAGAUCAGAGUUCAUCCGAGAGACCUUCAGCACCUGGAUCAUACGCUUCUUUUAACUCAGCCGUUGAUCGUGAUGAUAUUUUGAGCUCUUAUUUCGAUACUAAUGAAACAGUGUCAUCAAUGACAGCAUCCACUGAUGAUAUAUUGAGCAGUUCAUUAGCUCACCCGCUCUCCAACAAUGAGGUUGUUAGGAUUGUAACACCUGAGAUUUCUCAAGCUGUAAAUUCUAAUGCCGAAGUUAUGUUUAACGAUUACGACGAAUCAUAUUGGGUCACUUCUGUUUAA